GAAGAAGAAGAAGAAGAAGAAGAAGAAGAAGAAGAAGAAGAAACAAAAACAACUUCUUUAGCUGUUUCGGGAAACUCGUGGCAAGCUUUGCUUCUUGCAACAGAAGAGACAAAUAAAAGGAAAGGAGAAGAUGGAUACAGUCCCUUGCAGCAGGGGAACAGUGGUCAAUGAAGAAGACUCCUCCCAGUUGGCUAAGCUAGAGGCUCAGGCAGUGCAACAAGAAAAGUGUCAAAGUCUAAAGCAGCAGGGACCAAAAGAUGCGAUUAGAUGUUAUGAUAGUGGUCAGAGCUUUAUUGAACUGCCAGGGCUUUUGCGGCAUAGGCAGAGAGACCACACCUUACGCAAACCGCACCGCUGUCAGGCAUGUGGCCAGGAGUUCGCUCUGCUCUCCAGCCUGCAGCUGCACAAGCAUUCCGAUGCAACUCUGAGUUGCCAGUUCUGCCAGCGGGUCUUUCCAUGCUCAACCAGUCUGGCCACACACCUGCUGCAGCAACACAGAGCAAUACUAGAGAACCAGGGGCUGCAGGACCAGUCAUUUAACUACCACCAAAAUGAUGGCCCAUAUGCCUGUGUCCCAUGUGGGAGAAACUUUUGGCAAAAGCCAGCAUUGCUGCACCAUCAGCAGGCUGGUUGUGACCCUCUAAGUGACUUGAGACCAUGGCCCCACGUAGGUAUUCUCACAGUCUCAUCGCUGAUACCACAGGCCCCUACCCCUCCCUCUCUGCCAUCAUCUGCUGUCCCUAUUGCCUCAACAUCACUGCCACCAGCUUAUGUGGCCCCAUCUCCCAUUAGGUCCCACCUUUGCUCAUUGUGCCCUCGAGAGUUUCGCUCUCAGGCAGGCUUAGCCUGCCAUCAACGCCUCAGCCACCCUUUGGAGUGGAAGAGGGCACAGUCUAGGUUUUGGAAGCAAGGGGGUGACAGGUUUCCAUGUCCUUCUUGUGAUAAGGUCUUCUGCCACUCUCCCUCUCUGUCUCAGCACCAAGCUCGGUGUCAUAUGAGGAAGGUGAAGAGGAAGACCAGGACUAAGCACCGGCGCAAGAGCCAGUUUUUCCCCUGUCGGUCUUGUGACAUGGUCUUCUCCCAGACUUCUAAACUUUACCUGCACAGGAAGGAACAGCACUGUCGACUGGAAGGAGAUGGGAAGCAAAGAACGGCAAGGCCUGCAGGGCAGUUGAAGAGAAAACACACUCAUCCAUGCUACCUUUGCAGCAAAGUGUUUCCAGACGCUUUGUCUUACUGGGCACACCUCAAGACCCAUAGUGGACAACAGAGGCGAAUACAGAGAGGCAAAAUGGUCUCUGAGCUAGACAAGGAGCAGCAGGUAGACCAAAGACGGCUCUUCCAGUGCCCACAGUGCGACAAGGCUUACAGCCACCGUUGCAACCUAAGCAGACAUCUCCAUACGCACUCCAAGAUCAGGGAAAAGUCAGACCCUGUGUUGGGACCCACAGAUGAGAUUGGAGAAGGCCCAGCAGGGAAGGGAGGGAGGAGCAGCAUAAAGGGUCACCAAGCGCAUAAGAAAUGUCAAGAUAAGGAGGAUGACGGAACUUUUCCCUGCCCGUCCUGUGAGGAGGUGUUCAGCCUGCACUCCGCACUCAGGGAGCAUGAGGAAGUGCAUCAGUCCAUGGGGGGGGGCUGGCGCUGCAGUGUGUGCAGCCAUGGCCUGGAUUCCUUCAGAAGGAUGGGGAGAAAUGUGGCAGGGUUCUAUCAUUGUGUGCCUUGUAAGCAUGCUUUUCAAACACUGAGUGUCUUCCUGCAGCACUGCCAAAUGCACCUCCUCCCCCGCACAGACAAAGAGGGCGGCACAGAUUCCAGUGAUACAAAUGAUUAGUCCAAUACUCCCAGUGCCUUCUAACAUAUGGCACAAAUUCAGAAGACAAGCACAUGACAAGAUUUUCAUAUUGAAUUUUUCCCCUCAAGAUUGUGAAGUGCACUUGAGUAAUAUGCUAUAUGUGCAUUUGUGUGAAAUGUGACUUGAAUGAUGAUUCAAAAAAAUUUUCCUAAUGAAAAGAGCAUUCUACACAAUGAUAACCGCUAAAAUUGCAUGCUGCUUGGCAAUUUUUUAAAAUGAUUAUUUGAUGGCUUACUCCAUCAGCACCACUUGACUUUCAAUCUGACUUUCAAACUUUAAAGACCAGUAGAUAUUAUGGUUAAGAACAACCACAACGAAAAGUCAAAUAAUUGUAUAAUUUGUUCGAAAAUCAUAACAAUGGCAAAGAUUGGUCACAUUCAAAAAUGUUUGAACAUGAGAGAACAUCUGAAAUAUAUAUAUUUUUAAAAACCCUUCUGCCACAAACUCAACUACAUGUUUCACAUGUCUAAAAUAGGCAAUAGGAUUUUGUAGAUAAUUUAGUUGUUAAAUUGAGAAACCACGCUUGUUAAUUGCAUUAAUCAGCAAUACUUUCUGGCCCUCUAGUGGACAUAGCCCGCACAUACCAGAUAUGUAUGAUAAGUGUUCAUGUUUGGAUGUUAUAAUUGUUGUAAAAAAAGAAAGGUUCGAUCUUAUUUAAAUGGACUUAUUUGAAAUGAAAAUUUUGAUCAAUGUGAUAGUUUGCAAUCAAGGCCAUGUAUUCGAAACAUACGCUAAUGAAAAUGCAAAUUUAGGAACCGAUAAGCAGAAUCAAAUUCACAUUUCUUAUCGGUUACCUGGUUCCUGGAAUUUUGAAACCGGUUCUCGGGUUCCCAACCCUAGUAGUAAGCCAAAAAAAUAGCCAAGCAGGAUGAUUUAGCAUUUGUGAAUGAUCAUAACCUGUCUUUUGAGCAGUAUUAUGAAAAUCAGAGUUCAUAAUCUGAAAGUAGACAGAAAAUUGUCAGAGUACACUGAGGUUUUCCCCCGCUUUAAUGCCAAAGAUAUGAUGCUCCAAAUUUGACACAAAUCCCCCCCCCCUUUUGACAUUCUCUACUUUACAUUACAUUAAUGUAAGCUGGCAAACGCUCUUAUCCAGAGCGACAUAGAACAAAGUGCAAAGUGCAUACCAGGUAUAAGUGCGCUAAAAGACCAUAGAGGGAAGAACAAUUGCAACUGCUUUCUAGAAUGAUAAACCCAGUGCUUUACAAUUGAUGCCUCGUUAACAAAUUUAACACAAAAUGUAUAAGUCAACUGCAACUGACUGCCAUGCAAGGCUCCAACCAGCUUGCUGGGAGCAAUUGGGGAUUAGGUGUCUUGCUAAGGGACACUUCAACACAGCUUGAUUGACCCAGCAAAUCCUUCAAACUUCCAGGCGACUGCUCUUAUCUCCUGAACACUAACAACACAUGAAACACUUUUCAAGUCAUGAAAACUUCAAUUCAGUUUCUAUUUUGUCACCAAUAUUUUAUAAGUAUGGAAAGUAAAAGGAAUAAAAUCAGUUUUAUUUGGAUGGACA